AUGCCAAAACGGAAAGCUCCUUCAAAACUCUCUGGCCUUGUUGGCUCAGAUGAUGAGGAUGUACUUCAAUUUACUGAAAACGAGUCCGUCCCCUCCCACGACCCUCAGGAGGAGCCUCCCGCCAAGAAACGUCGCGGUCGACCGCGUACAUCCGCUGAAACCGCAACUACCACCAAAGCUUCCGCUCCGGUAAGGAAACAAGCAGCCGCUCAAGCACCACAAGAAGAGGAACAAGCGUCAGUACCAAAAAAAGCGCCAGCUCGGCGUGGGCGGGCGCGCGGCGCCUCAGAAGUCCCCGAGCCGCAGACGCGGAUGGCUGUCCCAGUAGAGGUUACGGGCGAAGAAUCAAAUGAACAGGAAAAUGAGGACCCUUCAGCAUCAAAAUCUACAAAAAACGCGAGAGCAAGCAGGGCCACGACAGCAGCAACUCGUGGACGAGGCCGAGCUCGUGCAAGCACCGCCAGGCCAGUGCAAACAGACGGAGAGUUCGAGUACACACCAACCCGCGCUGUGCCACAACAAAGGAUACCCGAAAUGAGUGAGACGCAGCAGACUGAUGGAGCGGCAGAUGAAGUUGUAGAUGAGUCCAUGCUGGAUGAUAACCAGCACCCAGCUCCCUACGUGCCAUCGUCCGUUGUGAAAAAUGCCAGGGCGCGACUCGCCACGUUGAAGAAUACUCGUGACUCCUCACCUAGUAAGCGCAAGUCCAGCGCGGCUAUUGAUCAAGGCGGGGAUCCGGAUUUGAGGCGUAAGAUUGGUGAAAUUACCAAGAAACACGAUGCGCUAGAGUCAAGAUAUCGCAACCUACGUGAGAUCGGAGUCGUAGAGGCCAACGCGAACAUGGAGAAACUACGUAAGCAAUGUGAAAAUAUCACUACAGCAUCCAACGAACUUGUUGCUUCGCUAAGAUCAGAGCUGGAAGCGCAGCGAACCUUAGGCUCACAGAGCCGCAAUCUGCAGAAACAACUGAAAGAGCGGGAUGCCGAAAUGGCCAAGCUCAAGGCCCAAGCAGACGAGGCGCGCUCUCAACUUGCCUCUUCACAAUCCGAGAUCAAGGCCCUGCAGACGAAGCUUGCCGCUGCACGCAACACGGCUGCCAGCCUCGAGGCUACCAAGGUCCCAGGAAGUGCCAUCAAGGGUGGCGCAGCCAACCGGGCAACCGCAGCUGCCACUGCCGAGGCGGCUCAGGUCGCCCAGCUUGCGCAACUGAAGGAGGAUCUCUACACUGAUUUCACCGGACUGAUCAUCCGUGAUGUCAAGAACCGCGAGACAGAUCAUCUCUAUGACUGCAUCCAAACCGGUGUCAAUGGAACACUUCAUUUCAAGUUGGCCAUUCCCAAGGUGGCUAGCUCAGAGUAUGAGCAGGCCGAGUUCCAGUAUCUCCCGCUGUUGGAUGCCAGCCGUGAUCGGGAGCUUGUUAAUAUUUUGCCAGACUUUUUGACCGUUGAUAUUACUUUCAAGCGAGAGCAGGCGUCCAAGUUUUACACACGGGUGAUUGACGCCCUUACCAAACGGCGGACCAGCACAUCAUGA